AUGUAUUCUGAUUACAACUUCGAUAACUGUAUCGGUAAACAUACUAUAUUUAUGAAUGGGCCAUCUGCCAAUUGUGGUGGAUUCGCUAGUAGCGGUUGUUUGGAUGUCUGUGAAUCUGAGGGUGAACUUACACGCAAAUACAAAACUCUGCCAUGGAGUCCGCUCUACUGUGUCCUGCAGCAAGAUGAGCAAUCUUUCACGGCAUACUGCAGUGAAGAAAUAUCGAUAUUCCCGGCUACACCUAAAAAGGAGCUAACAGACGUACUCUUCAAUGAGUAUCCACGUGUGCGGCUGGAUCGUGUGCGGCGGCCUGCAAAAGCUUUGUGGGAUGGUCCGCCAACAUUAUGCGAGGAACCUGAAGAUUCAGAUACAUGUCCCAUGGAUAUAGCGCUGAAUACGACACUCUACAGUGAAUUAGGUAAUUUAUACGAGAAGGCUUGUACGCGUGUUAAUCAGUAA